UCAAAGGUCUUCGCCUUUGGUUGGAAUAAGAACGGGCAGUUGGGCCUUGGACACAAUGAAGACCAAUCUCUUCCGGUAAAAUUGGACUUUCCAGCGGCUGGCAGAGUUGGGACAGCCAUUGCUUGUCUCUUUUUAUCUUCUGUAGCGCUCCUAGACUCAGGAGAGGUACUUGCUUGGGGGAAAAAUGAAGAUGGCAUUUUGGGCAAAAGUGCAGACGUGAAGGAGCAAAACAUUCCUCGCAAAGUGCCCGGCUUGGAAGGCAUCACGAUUAAAAGAAUUAUUUGUGGCCAAAAUCACGCACUGGCUUUGUCUAGCGAUGGAAAGGUCUAUUCUUGGGGAUGGAAUGAAUUUCGCCAGCUUGGAAAUGGAACUAAAGAAAGUUCACACCAACCAACUUUGAUAUCUGGAAAUUGUGGCAGGAUAAGAGACGUGGCUGCUCAUUUCAAAAGCUGUGUUUGUGCUGCGGUCACAGAAACAGAUGAAGUGUACAUUUGGGGUAUCUUCUAUGACCAAGAAAUUUUGAGCCCGGAACUAACCUCAAUCACAUCUCUGGAUGAAGUUUUUGCGAAAAUCCCAUAUCAGGCCAUGACAUUCCGAGCAUUGCGUCCAAAACUUGACGAGACGAUUGAAGAAAAGAACACUGAAACCAAAUUGCCGGAAUGGCUCAAGAAAUCUUUUAACCGCGCCGACACAGCUGACGUUGUUUUCGUUGUCGAGGGGAAGAAAAUCCACGCGCACAAAGCAAUUCUGAUAAUGCAAUGCGCCCUUUUCGAGACGAUGUUCCUGGGCGAUUGGAAGGAGAGCCACGAAAGGGAGCAAAUCAUCAAGCAUCACAGUUACGACGCUUUUUUCGCCUUCUUGAAAUAUUUCUACACCAACGAGGUUGAUUUGCAGCCAGAUUUGGCUCUAGAGCUUUUCGCACUGGCCCACUUCUAUCAUAUGAUUGAUCUGCAAAAGGAGUGUUUGAAAAUUAUCAAAAGAGGCGUGACUGUGGAAAACGCUGCAUCGAUUUACGACAAAGCGAUUCAACUUGCUGCCGAGGAACUUGAGGAGUUUGUUUUUAAUUUCUGCAUGGAGCACAUGACUGCUGUUGUGAACAGUGAUGGCUUCAGGCUAUUGAAGGAUGAUGUCAUGAGAGAGUUCUCACUUCGUGCUGCGCAGCACGGAGUGUGUAAAAAAAAAGAGUGUUGUGGCGCGUCAAGAAGGAGCGAGUCGUCGGGGGCGGCGGAGGCGGACAAGGCGGCGGCGUGGAGGGAGCUGGAGGUUGGCGGCCGACGCAGCAGGGCGGCCGGGAAGGCGGCCAGCAUGAGGCCCACCUCUGGGGGCAGCCGCUCCGAAUACAUAGUAUAUAUGCCUCCAGAUCAGCUGCUCCACCUGACGACGACGAGCCACUGUGCAGAAUCUUCCUCCAUUUCAACCAGCAGUGCUGAAGUGAACUUUGAUUUGGUGCGGCGCCAGCUUGCUGCCGCGAUGUCGGAGAGUUUGGAUAAGUGGAAAAUAUUUCGGGAGCUGAGCGACGACCUGAAGCAGAAUAUCCGACUUGCAGUCGUAUUUAGAGGCAGCGCCAUUUACGUGACGAAAGAUGACGAAGUUUUCGGCUUUGGCAAAAACGAAGAAGGAUUUCUGGGUACUGGCGACAUGAAAUCACGCACGGAGCACACAAAAAUUGAACAAUUGUGCGGACAAAAUAUUCAAGGGUUAAACUUCUCGAACCAUUCGUUUUUUGCGCUUUCUGCUUCCGGCUCAGUUUUCGCCUGGGGAAGAAAUAAUCACGGCCAGCUAGGACUGGGUACGAAAGAAAACACCCUGAUCCCAACCAAAAUAGAGGGAAUUUCGGCAACAAAUAGGGUUGUCCAACUAGCCUGCAGCUCUAACCAUACUCUGGUUUUAACUUCGGAUAGAGAGGUCUUCACCUUUGGUUGGAAUAAGAACGGGCAGUUGGGCCUUGGACACAAUGAAGACCAAACUCUUCCGGUAUUUGCGUGGGGGAAAAAUGACUAUGGCAUUUUGGGCCAAAACGCAGACGUGAAGGAGCAAAACAUUCCUUGCCAAGUGCCCGGCUUGGAAGGCAUCGCAAUUACAAGAAUUGUUUGUGGCCAAAUUCACGCCCUGGCUUUGUCCAGCGAUGGAAAUGUCUAUUCUUGGGGAUGGAACGCACAUGGUCAGCUUGGAAAUGGAACCAAGGAAAAUUCACACCAACCAACUUUGAUAACUGGAGAUUUUGGCAGGAUAAAAGACGUAGCUGCUCACAUCACGCUUCAUCUUAGUGCUGCAGUCACAGAAGCAGACGAAGUUUACGAUUCUGCUGACGUUGUUUUCGUUGUUGAGGGAAAGAAAAUCCACGCGCACAAAUCCAUUCUGAUCAUGCGAUGCAUUGUCUUCAGGACGAUGUUCCUGGGCAAUUGGAUAGAGAGCAACCAAAGGGAGCAAAUCAUCGAGCAUCGCAGUUACGACGCAUUUUUCGCCUUCUUGAAAUACUUCUACACCAACGAGGUUGAUCCUAAGCCAGAUUUGACUCUAGGCCAAGACAUCAUGAGCCCGAAAAAAACCGCAUUCACAUCGCUUGAUGAGGUUUUUGCGAAUAAUCAAAAUCGGGCCUUAACAUUCCGAGCGUUGCGUCCAAAAGUUACUGAGCCAAUAGAAGAAAAGAACACUGAAACCGAAUUGCCGGAAUGGCUCAAGAAUUCUUUUGAUGACGCCGAUACUGCUGACGUGGUUUUCGUUGUCGAGGGAAAGAAAGUCCACGCGCACAAAGCGAUCCUGAUAAUGCGAUGCGUUUUCUUCAGGACGAUGUUCCAAGGUGAUUGGAUUGAGAGCAACCAAAGCUACGACGCGUUUUUCGCUUUCUUGAAAUACUUCUACACCAACGAGGUUGAUCCACAGCCAGAUUUGGCUCUAGAGCUUUUCUCCUUGGCCCACUUCUAUCAUAUGACUGAUCUGCAAAAGGAGUGCGUGAAGAUAAUCAAAAGAGGCGUGAGUGUGGAAAACGCAGCGGUGAUUUACGAAAAAGCAAUUCAACUGGCUUCCGAGGAGAUCAAAGAGUUCGUUUUCAAUUUCUGCGUGGAGAACUUGAAUGCUGUUUUGAACAGUGAUGGGUUCAAAUUAUUGCAAAGUGAAGUCGUGAAAGAAUUUGUCCUUCGUGCUGCUCAGCAAGGAGUUUUUAAAAACAUUUAG